CUGUAUGGCAUGACAACCCAACGGCUCUUUUAAGAGCCACACACUUCUCUUAAAAGCAACCAUUUGCUGUACUGUAAUCGUUACUGUUAACAAAUCUACAGUACAAAAUACCUUGUAAGUGGGUAAAACUCGUUAUACAGGGUUUUCUAUAGGCCAGCCGUAACCGUACUGUGCGAUGCAACUCAAACAGGAAACUGGAACGAGACCUUUUUCAUGGGCUUUAUUUUAUACAAAUGCAGUUUCAGUAACAGUUGCAGUUAAUUCCGAGUUAUCUGCAAGUUUUGAACGACUCGGCUCAUACCAUCUGUGGAGUAGCGAGAAUUUAUUUUUGAACUAAGUAUGUAGUAUAUACAUAUCCGACGUGUAUUUUAAAUAUUUACAGGCUUUAUAUAAAACGGAGCAUAUGUGCUGAAGGCUGGAAUCGCACCUCUUUUUUAGUGUCCUCUUCGUGUGGUACGUCAGCCAAUCAAAGAAAAGCGUUGGCGCAGUUGUAUUUGCAUGGCGGGGCUAUAAAGCCACGGGUUUUCCCAAGCGUUAAUCAGUUGUAUCGGACUGCAGCAAUGCCUGAACCAGCAAAAUCCGCGCCCAAGAAGGGCUCCAAGAAAGCUGUCACUAAAGCUCCCGGCAAAGGAAACAAGAAGAGGAAGAGCCGUAGAAAGGAGAGCUAUGCUAUCUACGUUUACAAGGUGCUCAAACAGGUUCACCCCGACACCGGAAUCUCUUCCAAGGCGAUGAGCAUUAUGAACUCCUUUGUCAACGAUAUCUUUGAGCGAAUCGCUUCCGAGGCGUCUCGUCUGGCUCAUUACAAUAAACGCUCCACCAUCACUUCCAGGGAGAUUCAGACCGCCGUUCGUCUCCUCCUGCCUGGUGAGCUGGCUAAGCACGCCGUGUCUGAAGGCACCAAGGCUGUUACCAAGUACACCAGCUCCAAGUAACGCGCGAGAUCAUUUACCCCAACGGCUCUUUUAAGAGCCACACACUUCAUUUUAAGAGCAUCCAUUUGUUGUACUCACUACUAAAUAUUUCCUAUGUAUCUUGUUAAAGGGUUUUCAGUGCUUGAGUUGUCAUGGGUCAUUUGUGGUGUCACUGAUUUCUGAGCAAUUAACACACGAGCUGAAUUACAGAAAAUGCUUUAAACAAAGGGCAAUAAAGUAAUUAUAGUUUAAGAACUACUAUAAGAGUGGAGACUAAUUCACAACAAUUUAAUGUGUUCUUGUUAAUGAUAUACAUUACCUCAAAUGACCCACCUGAUCUAGGAAUUUAUUUCUGAUAAAGAUCUGGUAUAGAUACUGUAUUUCAGUAUUGAUCUGCAUGUUACUCUCAUGCACUGUAACCAUAUAGUGUCAACAAUUCUGAUGUUAUGCAUACUUUGGGCUUUGACUGUGUAAUCUGCUUCAACUAAUUGCAGGAUAAUUGUGAAUGAAACUAUCACCUGAAACUGCACUGUAAACACUGAGCUAAGACCAGCUAAGACUUGCUGAAACAUUUUGGACUGACUAAGUUGUGUUAAUGUUAUUUAUUGCAUUUACUAUGAGUCAGUUCUUCACAAUUUGGGUAAGCAAGACACCAUUUCUGAUGUUAUAUUUAUAUAUGAGCAGGGGGAAAUUCAAUUCCCUUAAAGCACCAUCUACAAAAUCCACAUUAACUUUAGAAUAGGGGACCGGAGGAAAUCAAAGAGAUCAAGGAACUGGACAAUGAAGAUGAUGUCAUCUUGACUACAAUGAAUAAAAAAGACAAGCUGGAGGUAAACAACAAUUGACAAUAAUAGCUUCUUGAUAUAUAUUUCUCUGAUAUAUAUAUAUGUUGUGGAUGAAUGAUCAACAAUAGACAUAGCGAAGGGGUGGAUUAACUAAGAUCUAC